AUGAGGUUUGGUUUGCAUCAUGUUGCGGAUUCGAACCCGCCACCUGGCGGUUAUUUUAUAAACACGGCUAAACCAGCUGUGUUUUUUUUUAAGAUUGUAAUUGGGCCUCUAAGGCCCAAACUUAAUGAGAGAGAUACAAGUGGUUCAGUAACAAGUAAAGAAGAUGUGACAGAGAAUGGGAAGAAGAGGAAGAAACCAUUAAAGUCUAAAGAGAGCAAUGUAACGGAAGAAGAAAAUGUUUUAGGAUCAAAAGCAAGCACAGAUGAUUAUGUUAAGUCAUCAGGGUUUAGACAAAUUGGGGGUAGAAGAAAGAACAAACCAAGAAGAGCUGCAUAA